AUGAAAGGGAGCCCGUUGCCCGGCUUGAAGACGAGCAAGCGCAGCGGUGAGGACCGCUGGUAUUCGGGAGUGUUGGACGCUUGCAGAGACGGGGUGUUGCAGACCACGGAUUGCAGUUUCCUGCGCAGGAUCCCCACCUCGGAGAGCGGUUCGUUGCUCACGGCCGAACGGGCGCCAUCGUUCGAGAAUGCGGCGGUGUGCGGCAUGUCGCUGAGAGCCACGGACAACAGAGGCGUGGAUUUCAAUAGUUUCACGAUCUGUAAGGGCGUGCAGUGCACAGCGAGGGCGCAUACCCUUCAAGAGAAAAGCAUCUCUCGUGUGCGGGCGGGCGCUGAUGCCGAGCUCGUGUUGAGCCACUCGCCGCAGGUUCUGUUCGAGGAGGUGGUUGGCCAAACGAUUCCAACGUACCCAGGAUAUCCCGAACACGGAGUCCCAGAUGAGCCAGUCAAGCGCGAGUUCACCCGGCAGACUUUGCAGAAGAGGCGCGGGGAUUGGUCGGAUUUGGGCCUGAGGAACUCGACGUGGGAGUGCGGGCUGUGCUUGGAGUUGCUGUCAGGGGACAUCUUCGCCAACCCGCAGGCGAGGCAGCAGCGCAGCGUGACUCCGCCUCCGCCCGCGACGGCCGCGCUUCGCGCGCCCGCGCACGCGGGCCGCGCGGCGCGCCACGCGGCGCGGCGCGCGGCGGCGGCCGCGCCGUGCGGCGGCGGGCGCCGCGGCGGCGGCAGCGCGGCCUCGGGGCCCGGCGGCGCGGAGGGGGAGGCGGCGGGCGGGCGCGCAGCGGCCGCCGCGGCGGCGGCCGCGCGGGCGGCCGCCGGGGAGCGGUGGGGCCGCGCGGGCGGCAGCGAGCAAGCGGAGAGAGCUCGUGGGAGACCUACCUCGCCUUCCAGGCCGAGCCCGGGCAGCGGUGCCCAGAGCGGGCGGAAACUGCCUGAGCUGCUGCUGCGCCGGCCUGCCGCCCGUGCGCCUCGAGGGGCUGCGCGUCUGCCUGGUGAUGCACCCGCGCGAGAUCGGCCACAUCGCGGCAGCAACACCGCGAAGCUGCUGCUGCGCUGGGGCGCCGACUGUUCGUGUGGGGGCACCCGGAGCACGACGACCGGCUCCGCGGGCUGGUCGCGGAGCACCUCGGCCGCUCGGCGGUUCUGUUCCCCGCGAGCGACGCGGCGCCCGCCGAGGGCCUCUUCCGCGCGGACGACAGGCCGUCCCCCGCAUUGGUGGUGGUGCUGGACGGGCGCUGGAAGGACACGCGCAGGAUGAACCACGGUAUCGACUGCCGGGUACCCAGGUGCCGCGUGACGGUCACCCGCGCGGAGUUCGGCAGCACCCGAAAAUACCGAGCGUUCGAGAAGCCAGAGCGGGUGGAGACGGCGGCUGCCUUCAUCGCUCUGGUGAAGGACCUCGGCCAGGAUCUUCGCGGGUGAGCAGAGCAGUCUCGUCUAGCCCAUCCCCAUGUCCCCAUUGGGCCAUGGCACCUCAGCGCCACCAUCCCGCCCACCAGUUGGAUAGAGGCCC